GAAAAACUGGAAAUCUCCAACCUGAAUAUGAAGCCUGGGAACACUCUGAAGGUCAAGGGCAAGAUAUCUGAGGAUGAGGACAACUUCAGCAUCAACCUGGGCUGCAGCUCCUCAGAUCUGGCCUUUCACUUCAACCCUCGCUUCAACGAGUCUGUCAUCGUCUGCAACUCCAGGUGCUCUGGGGCCUGGGAGGCAGAGCAUCGUGAUGACCACCUCUGCUUCUCCAAGGGCUCCACUGUCAAGAUUGCCAUUGAAAUGCUGGCAGAUAAAUUUGAAGUGAAACUACCAGAUGGGCAUAAAGUUGAGUUCCCCAACCGACACUGCUACGACAAGAUCAAGUACAUGAGUGUCAAGGGAGGCUUCAGGGUCACCUCCUUCAAGCUGGACUGA